CCACAACGGUCACGAGACAAAAAACAACAACUUGAAGAUAAAAGGAUAAGGGAGGCUUCCUACAAAAUGAACAACAUUUCUUUCCACACAAAUUCUCAUAAUAAAAAGUCCCUAUUAAAUAAAAAUCAUAUAAUACAAAAUACUUAAUAACGUUAUAUUCUUUCAAUCUAGUCCCCAUGUUUUAAGUCCUCUUUCUUGUCUGACAUACAAAUAAAAAACUCACUGAUAGCUUUCUAACGAGAGCAAACAGAGGCACACAACAAUGGAGUUUCGUGGAGAUGCCAGCCAGAGGAUUGCUAGGAUUUCAGCUCAUCUUCAACCUUCUUUCACUCCUCAGAUGGAGACGAAGGCCUCGUUAAUGGGACGAGAAAACUGCAGAGCCAAAGGUGGGAAUCCAGGAUUCAAAGUAGCAAUCCUUGGAGCUGCAGGUGGAAUUGGACAAUCUUUAUCUUUGCUGAUGAAGAUGAACCCUCUUGUCUCUUUACUUCAUCUCUACGAUGUUGUCAAUGCACCCGGCGUCACAGCUGACGUCAGUCAUAUGGACACUGGAGCUGUUGUCCGCGGAUUCUUGGGAGCGAAGCAGCUUGAGGACGCGCUAACGGGUAUGGAUCUUGUGAUCAUACCAGCUGGUGUACCGAGGAAACCAGGGAUGACCCGUGAUGAUCUGUUUAAAAUCAAUGCUGGGAUUGUUAAGACACUAUGUGAAGGUGUAGCAAAAUGUUGUCCUAGUGCUAUUGUCAACUUGAUCAGCAACCCUGUGAACUCUACUGUCCCCAUUGCCGCUGAGGUUUUCAAGAAAGCUGGAACUUAUGAUCCUAAGAAGCUCCUUGGAGUUACUACACUCGAUGUUGCUCGUGCCAAUACAUUUGUGGCAGAAGUUCUUGGCCUUGAUCCAAGAGAAGUCGAUGUACCAGUCGUUGGGGGACACGCUGGAGUCACAAUCUUGCCACUACUGUCACAGGUUAAACCUCCUAGCAGCUUCACACCUUCAGAAAUAGAGUACCUCACAAACCGGAUUCAAAAUGGUGGAACUGAAGUUGUGGAGGCAAAAGCUGGAGCUGGAUCUGCAACACUUUCCAUGGCAUAUGCUGCAGCCAAGUUUGCAGAUGCUUGCCUUCGCGGGUUAAGAGGAGAUGCUAAUGUCGUAGAAUGCUCUUUUGUUGCUUCACAGGUGACAGAGUUAGCUUUCUUUGCAACAAAAGUGCGCCUUGGCCGUACAGGAGCAGAGGAAGUGUAUCAGCUUGGACCCUUAAACCAAUACGAAAGGAUUGGUCUGGAGAAAGCAAAAGAAGAACUAGCCGGAAGUAUUCAGAAAGGUGUCGAAUUCAUCAGAAAAUGAAACUGAGAGAUAAUCAGAGAGAUACAAUAAGAUCUUUCCUCAAUCAUAUAUAAUCAUGUUGUUACUCUUCAUGCCUAUGUCUCCCUCUGCUGCUUCAACUUUGUAAAUUCCUUAUCAGUUUGUGUACUAUGUAACCUUUUCAACGUACUUCUAUCUAUGGUUUUCAAUGAUCCAAUACCAA